UUGUAAGGAUUCUCUAAUUUGAAGUGAGUAGUGACCCUAAUAACUUCAAGGUUUUCGGUUUCCAGCUUUGAUACUUAUGUCCAACCUAGCACUGAGGAUCGUAAUUGGAAUGCCUUGCAUGCUUGGUCUUUUGAUCUAUAAAUUUCGAAGAAGGCAUUUGUCAAUGUUCGACGUAAUUGAAGGCUUCCUGCAAAGUAACACAGAUCUCAAAACAAUCCGCUAUACAUACUCAGAUAUGAAGAAAAUCACAAAAGGCUUUCGAGAAAAACUAGGCCAAGGAGGCUACGGUUCUGUUUACAAAGGAAAACUUCGAAGCGGCCAUGAUGUAGCGGUCAAAGUACUUGCCAAGCCUAGCUCAAAUGGGCAAAAUUUCAUCAAUGAAGUAGCCACAAUUGGAAGGAUCCAUCAUGUUAAUGUGGUUAAACUUGUCGGGUAUUGUGCAGAAAGAUCCAAGCGCGCCCUUGUCUACGACUUCAUGCCUAAUGGUUCGCUCGAGAAGUACAUAUUUAAUAAGGAAAAAGGUAAUUCACUUAAUUUGAAGAGGAAGUACGAGAUUGCAAUUGGAGUGGCUCGUGGAAUUGAGUAUUUGCACAGAGGAUGCGACAUCCAAAUCCUGCAUUUCGACAUAAAGCCUCACAACAUACUUCUUGAUGAAAAUUUCACACCUAAAAUAUCUGAUUUUGGUCUGGCAAAGUUUUAUUCAACAGAUAAUACUACAGUGACUCUCACUGCAGUUAGGGGAACAAUAGGCUAUGUGGCUCCUGAGCUAAUGAAUAGAAGCAUCGGUGGAGUGUCUUACAAGGCCGAUGUUUAUAGCUUUGGGAUGUUGUUGAUGGAAAUGUUGGGGCUUAAC